AUGGGUUUCCUCAAGAUUUUCUCUAUUCUAUCAAUAAUCAUAGCCUUAUCACUCUCAACCAAUCCAAUUUUGGCAACUCGCCACCUUUUAGACACACCGCCGGCCGCACCACCCCCGGCAUUGCCCAAAAUUCCUGCUCUUCCCAACCCCAUAUUGCCUCCAUUGCCCUCAGCCCCACCACUACCUAAACCAAAUAUGCCACCCAUGCCUUCUAACCCUUUGCCUACUCUUCCAACAUUGCCAAAGCCCAACAUUGCUCCAUUGCCCUCAAAUCCUUUGCCAGCUCUUCCAACUUUGCCAAAACCCAAUGUAGCUCCACUGCCAUCUAAUCCUUUGCCUACACUUCCCACAAACCCAGCCAAUAAUGUUCCCUCAAUUCCUAAGGUAACACUUCCUCCUCUUCCCACUAUUCCAACGACAAUGCCUUCAAUUCCCACCAUUCCAAAUCUUCCAUUCCUCUCUCCUCCACCAUCAAAUUGAAGAGUUGACUAGAUACUAUGGAUGGAUUUGGGUUUCAUUUGCCACUUCUAUGUUCUAUCUAUGAUCUUGCAUGUAGUUGAGUGAUUUAAAUUAUGUUUUUGGAUUUUGUUCUGUUUGUAUUAUUUAUUUUUGCCUCAGUUUGAGGAUGUCAUUUUCAUCUAGUUUUUGGUUUGGGGCUUGGAUAUGUAUACCAUUUACAGAUUAGUUGUUGUAUUUUUGUUAUUGUACUAUGAAUAAAAAUUAUGGAUUGGUUAA